UUAUUUUUAUCCAACACCAAGCUGUUCUAAAUUUAAUUUGUUGAGGCACAAAAGCUGCAGCCUCCUUUUUAUUGAUUACUUUAGAUAUGGAGAUGCUUGCAUACCGUGGCUUCUCUAAGAAUCAAUUAUAUAUAAAUAUAUCCAAGAAAGACGCAACACCAGCACAUUUGGGAACAUUUCCCCCAAAAAGUGUUAAAAUGCAUAAAAAAAAGAUUAAUUCCACUUGUGUAAGUUAAGACGCAACAAGUGCGUUUCUCACUGGUUCUACUGGGAGGACACAGACAGCCACAGGUGGAUCUUAUUGGUCAAUCCCAGCUUCUGGGGCUUCCAUAAAACGCGCAACAGGAGCAACAGGAGCGGAGAGGGAGCGUCAGGGCGCAGAGCAGCCGCGCCGCGGAGCGCACAUCACGGUCCAGAGAAAACACCUGUUACUGCAGGACUGAGCGCAAAAAGCAGGACGGAGACGCCCUUCAAUAAACCUAGGUUCCUGAGUGAGACCUGCUCUUCUCCUCCCACUGUCUGGUGGGAAAAUGUGGGUUCUGGAUAAGAUCCGUGGCUCGGUGGAGACGGGUAUGCUUAGACAAGGAGACAAUGGUGACAGGAAGGCUGUGGCUCCAGCUUACAGCAAUGUGCUCACUCCCGACAAGAUCCCAGACUUUUUUAUCCCUCCAAAGCUGGUCAGCUGCCCCUCAGACCCCGAGGCUCCCGGCAUCAAGCCUAAAGAGGGGCUGCAUCCUUCCACAUCUCAGCAAACUAUCAGCACCAACAGGAAGAUCAGCAGUCCAAGGAGCCCUCGGCUGGUGGCUAAGAUAGCAGGAGACACAAAGAACCUGCUGAGAGCAGCGAACCGCCACAUCAUCCAGAUAGAAAGUGCUGAUGACGUUGUGGCUGGGGACACCAAUGCAGACCCCCAGUCCCAGACAGCCAUGUCCCUCCCAUAUGUUCCUAAGACUCAGACAUCUUAUGGCUUCGCCACCCUAAAAGAGAGCCCCCACACUCGGCGCAAAGAGUCCCUAUUUCACUGCGAGCUGACCAGUCCAAUCACCUCCCCAAACACCCAGAGGAAGACUCCAGGGAAGGGCAGCGAGACAGGGAACCGGCUGACCCCUGCUGACUGCAACACCUCCCACAUGAACCCUUACCGUUACUUUAGUGGCGGAGAAAGUGACACCUGCUCUUCUGCGGAAUCAUCUCCCUUCAGUUCUCCGUUGCUGUCCCGCUCUGCUUCGCUUCUCAAGAUCUUCACCCAUGAGACACAGGCCAAAGUGGUGAAAGCCAAGCGGACGCUGGCUCGCCACAGCUCCCUGUCCACAGACGAGUGCAGCUCGGCAGAACCCAGUCCCAACAUCCAGCGACGUCUCAGAAUCCCGUCCCUUCACGGCGCGGCUGGAGCAUCUGACCACGGCCUCCAGCGGGAGCACACCAUCAACCUGCACAAGGGAGGCACAUUAAGGAUCAGCGUCAACCAUGACUCCACCACGUCACGCUUGCUCAUCCGUGUUCUGGUGGCUGAGAGUCUGUACGACAAAAGCGUUGACAUCAAAAGCAUCAACUGCUGUGUGUCGGUGUACCUUAACCCGGGCAAGCUGCAGAAGCAGAGAAGCAACAUUAUUAAGAACAGCCGCAACCCCGUCUUCAAUGAGGACUUCUUCUUUGACUCCAUUAGCUCUGCUCAGGUGAAGAACCUUUCGGUUAAGUUCAAGGUGGUGAACAAGGGCACCAGCCUGAAGAGGGACACGCUGCUCGGCGAAAGGGAAGUUCCUCUGGCAAAGCUGCUCUCUGGACUCUAAAGCCACAGGAGAAGGAGUUUAAAGGGAUAAUUUGGGAUUUUUAAAGAGAGAUUCAGGUGAAAGCUUACACUCAUUUUUCCUCUGACCUACCAUGGAUAACUGUUGGCAUCUGAAUUAACUUUGAAUUUAUAACCACUGGUCGUGGCAGCUGAUGCUAAAUGCUGAAAAACAGAAAUGGACUCCUACUGUCUGAAAACAACUCUGGUUUCCAAACAAUUUGUUUCAAAACACAAUGAUUUGAAUCUCCUUUAUUUAGAGAGACAUCUAUACUCAUUUACAUUUUGUGGAAAAAAUCAAGGGAGUAAACCAGCAAUGAUCUGUAUGAAACAUAACCCCCCCAAAAAGCAGAAAAACACACAAAAAAACAUAAAUAAUUUCAACUAAUUCAUUGAUUUCUACACUGAAGCAGUCGCUGUCAUUAAUGCUUCAUUAAUGUUAAGGUUCAGGAUUAGUUGUUCCUUUAUUCAGAUGCUUCUAACCUUAACCAUUACUAGCUGUUAGCCUCAGCCUAUGAGACUUAUUAAUCUGGAUUUAUAAUAAAUGAAGACACAGACAGAGUUAUUUACUAAAACUAAGAUUUAUGCUGCUUGUAACCUUUUAACAAAAUCUCCAUUUGGAUAUCCCAGACUGUUGCUUUAAAACUCAAAGGAUUGUGGCUAAAACUCUACUUUUGUGUUUGCACUGUUUUCUCAAUGACUGUAAGCGUGGAGAAUGUAAGAAGGAGAAAGGUUUAGAAAACAACCUGCCGAAGGUCUGCUGAGGUUCUUUUUCUGAUAAUUUAUUCCCGUUUAACCAAACUGGACUCCAACAGCCACAGAUGAAUGUGACAGAAUAAAGCUCUCCAUUCUGAGCACGUUUCCUGGCGUCCUGAGCCAGGUCCUCCUGGUUCAAAGGUUGAAUGGCACCUGUGCGUCAGCCCGUCUCCCGUCCUCCACCUUCGACGUGCUCGUAAUGGAUUUAUUAUUGUAAUGUGGCGGAAAUCCGCAGCAGCGCAGGAUUUUUUACAUGAGCUCCACCAUCUGCCACACAGAGAUGCUUUUGUGAAUGAGUGCGUGCUUUGAAGCGGCCCCAGAUCCUGAUGUGCAAAUGAUCCUUUGAUCUACAGGGGGAGGGCAAGGAGCGAAAGGAACAGUCACAUUUACAUGCACAUCAAAAAUGGAAUUUCAAUAUGAUUGAUUAAGCAAAAGACUGCAAUAAUCUAAAAUGCUGAAAAUUAGAAAUGUUGCAAUCAGCAGGUAUCUGUAAGCAGAUGCAUGGUUUUGAGCUUAAAUUGCUUUGUGGAUAUUUUUAUAUAAAACUACACAGCUUACUUACUCUAAUCCUCGAUUUCAUCAGUACACCUCAAUCUGAAUGUUGCUUUCGCAGACUAAAGCCAAGAAAGGGUUAAAAGAAAAAACAUAACAGUUUUAUACCAUGUUGUUUUGAUCCAAUUAUUGAUGUAGCAUUAUCAGUUUUUCCUUCUUUUUUUAAGCUAAAUCUGAGCAAGACAGUUUGAGUAUAACUAUAAAUUAUCUGCAUAAAGCUCAAAAUUAAUAAAUCUUUCAGGUGAAUCAUGCCACAACAUACUUACUUUCUCUAAUAUACAGGCGUUACCCAAAUAAAACCCUUCGAGAUAUGUCUGGGAAGAGUGUGGGAAAAAAAAAAAAAAAACAUGAAAUAAUGAAGACGACACUUUAGGGGGAAAUCUUCAGUUUUGAUAAUCAAAACUUGUCAGUAUAAUUAGUUUUUUUCUCCAAAACUGAUUUUGAGAUGCUUGUUUAAAAAUCCAUUUGGAGGCUCCCAGCACAAAUUUUGAUUAUAUUAUGUUUUGACAAUCUGAGACUUUACUCCCUGCAUAAAAAAUGUAAGCGUAAGAAGUAGGUACUAUUAAUCUGAAAUGGAUUAAUUUCAUUUUAAAUGUGCCAUUAAAGAGAGAAAAAUAUUUUUAAAAGCCAAAAGAUAACCUAAUGAGUAACAUAUC